UCCGCUGCAGACGAAGGCAUGGCGAGCACCGACGCUAGAAGGGAGUGUGAGACAGUGGGCUGCACCAAAGAUGCCAAACUUCAGUGUCCCACAUGUAUCAAGCUUGGAAUUCAAGGGUCCUUUUUCUGCUCGCAGGAAUGUUUCAAAGGAAGUUGGGUUUCUCAUAAGUUGCUGCACAAAAAAGCAAAGGAGGAAAAGAACCAGAAUGAAUCUAAGAACUGUGUGGAGAAGGACAUCAACACAGACCCGUGGCCAGGUUACCGCUACACGGGAAAACUACACCCUCACUACCCACUGACUCCCAUGAGGCCUGUGCCCAGUGACAUCCAAAGACCAGACUAUGCUGAUCAUCCCAGAGGGAUGUCUGAGUCUGAGCAGUUUCUGAAAGGGACGUCACAGAUCAAGAUCCUUUCUCCAGAGGACAUUGAAGGCAUGCGAGUAGUGUGCAAGCUGGCACGUGAAGUCCUGGACAUUGCAGCUGUGAUGGUAAAGCCCGGUGUUACAACAGAAGAAAUCGAUCAUGCUGUGCAUGUGGCCUGUUUAGCAAGAAACUGCUACCCAUCCCCCCUGAACUACUACAACUUCCCCAAAUCCUGCUGUACAUCUGUCAAUGAAGUCAUCUGUCAUGGCAUCCCAGACAGAAGACCACUGCAAGAAGGGGAUAUCCUCAAUGUGGACAUCACUGUCUACCACAACGGUUUCCAUGGUGACCUCAAUGAAACCUUCUUUGUUGGAGAGGUGGAUGAGGGAGCAAAGAAGCUGGUCCAGACCACAUAUGAAUGCCUUAUGCAAGCCAUCGACUCCGUAAAGCCUGGCGUUCGCUACAGAGAAUUAGGUAACGUCAUCCAGAAGCACGCUCAGGCCAACGGCUUCACUGUGGUGCGCAGCUACUGUGGCCACGGCAUCCAUAGACUUUUCCACACUGCUCCCAACGUGCCACACUAUGCCAAAAAUAAAGCUGUUGGAGUUAUGAAGCCUGGCCAUGUGUUCACCAUCGAACCCAUGAUAUGUGAAGGUGGCUGGCAAGACGAGACGUGGCCUGACGGCUGGACGGCUGUGACCAGAGAUGGGAAGCGCUCGGCCCAGUUUGAACACACCCUGCUGGUGACGGAGACCGGCUGCGAGAUCCUCACCCGACGCCUUGAGAACGGCCGCGCUCAUUUCCUGAACCAAAUGUAGGCCAGGCCAGAACACACCUAGGACUGGACUUUGCAGAUCCAAACACCCAGCACCUCUGGGUUACACACACACACACACACACACACACACACACACACACACACACACACACCACAAACAAGAGGCACCACUGGUAGAGCUCAGUGUUACUGCAGUGCUCAUUGUUCUUUGGAUUAAAUAUUGGUUCCUCAAACUAAAUGGAAGUACUUGAAUGUGUCUUAUAUCAAAUGUGGAUUUCCUUAUUCGUGGAAAGUGUUUCCUCUGAAGGAAAUGAGAGUAUUUAUGAGCUUUGGUUUUGCUUAUUGGUCAGGUCUGACCUCAGGCUUUUUUCUCAUCUCUUGGUCAUGUCACCCAGAGCCUGUAGUUGCUGGAUAGUUGUUGUCUGGUGUGUGGAGCUCAGGGCAGAUUAAAAAGCAAACUGCCACGAGGUCGUCUUUUCUUCAUCGCUUUGAAUUUACCAGAGAUGGGCUGAAAGGAAUUAGAAGAGCUGCAGGAACAGGGUCAACAAGCUGUGCACGUUCACCAGCAAACCAAUCACAACCAACCAAACAUAAGUUCCAAUCUGGUUUUAUUUAAAUUCACUUUAAGUCGCUCAAUCCUGCAUUUCUAAGCAGUACUUUAACAUUUACUGCAUGAUUUGUAAUAUUUAAAAUUUUAAAUAUGGAUUAAUAGUAAUUCGUCAGCAAACACCCAGAUUGUGUUUGUGUACACAAUUGUAAUGAAAGUGUAAGUUAAAGGAGUGUAGCGUAGUGUUGUUUGCCAUGUUGGAUGAUUCAGUUUGGUUCUAAUUGAAAUAAUUUUCAGAUGGUUUCCAAAUGUACAAAUUGGCCGUUACAAACAUACGUGUGUGUAAUGAAAUGGUAUUAGGUAGCGUAAUACUGUCUCACAUCUGCCUAGUAAUUAUGAAGCUAAAGUAACAACAAGCAGCAAGAAACUGCUGAAUCUGAUAACAGUCACUUACCAGCAUGUCACCUGGUAAUGUACUAAAACCAAGGGGGGAAAUAUUACUAUUGUGGUCAAACCAGGGGUCUUGUGCACCAUGACGAGUUCACACGUACAGCUUCUCAUGUUUACCAAUAAUAGCGAUCAUCAACUCCUCUACUGGUUGUAAAAUGGGCAAUAAUGUGAUGGUUGAGUACUUCCAGGUCUGAAGCAGUUGUUCUGUUGUGUGUGUGGCCAACAUGACAGGGCAUUUAAUACAACACUGAAGUGCUAGACUUGUUAAUCCUGCUUGAACAGUCUUUUGGUGUCUUGUGUCCAGAAGCCCUGGUGUAGCAAAUUGAGCCUUAAUGUGUGACUCUUAAUUAGAAAGUGCUGGAUAUGCCACGUCGUGGAUAAAUGAUAUUUCCCCCUUAUCUCUGCACGGUCACCGUUCGGUGCAAAGCACUCGCUACUUCUGCAUUUCCAGAGAACUGAUGUGAUCAUGGUUUCUCUGCUGUCUUUGUAUUUCUGCUAACAAAGUAAUAAAGGACUCUUCUCUA